GAAUUGUCUUGUGAGUGCCACCUUGCGGAAAAUUGAGAGUUCACUUUUACCUUCAGUGCAGCCGUGUUUAUAUAAAUUUGUGCGAGUCGUGCAAGUUGUGCAAAUAUUACUGUUUUCUCGUGAAAAAAGUGAUGAUGCAACAGUGAGACUGAAAUAGGGCAUUUGUGUAGUAUAUCAGUAAUCAGAAUUGCAUAUCCAAUUGAUUUUUGUGGACGUGGCAAGAGGUGAAAAUCAAGUUUGAAUUUUUGGCUUUGGCAAUUGACAACAAAAAGAGAUGAAGUUGGAGUAUUUCCUGUUAAUUGUUACCACGCUCUUUGUGGCUGUAUUGCCGGCAACCACGCAUAAGCACGAAAAGCAUACGCACAAGGAGAGAAUGGAAGAUGGGUCGUUUAGCCCGAAAAAUGCUCAUCAUUUCGAUGGGGCAGAGCACCAUUCAGAAUUUGAUCAUGAAGCCAUCAUCGGAAGCGUCAAGGAGGCUGAAGAAUUUGACAAUCUGUCGCCGGAAGAGUCCAAGAAACGCCUGGGUAUCCUUAUAAAGAAGAUGGACUUGAACACAGAUGGCUUUGUGGACAGACACGAACUCAAAGCAUGGAUUCUGCGAUCGUUCAAGAUGCUCUCCCAGGAGGAAGCCAAUGACCGCUUCCAGGAUGUCGAUGCGGAUAAUAAUGGUCUAGUAACGUGGAAUGAAUACCUCAAGGAUACCUAUGGCAUGGAGACAGAAAAUGAAAUUAGAGAUUCCGAUGAGCAGUUUGUUGAGGAAGAGAAUAGGCUUAUUGAGGAAGAUAAAGUGAUGUUUAAGGCAGCUGACAAGAACAAAGAUGACAAUCUCACUCCAGAAGAGUUUGUGGUAUUCCUGAGUCCAGAAGAACAUCCGGAAAUGCUUCCUCUGAUCCUCGAGCAAACGCUCAGGGAGAAAGACAAAGAUGGAGAUGGAAAGAUUAACUUCAAAGAGUUUGUUGGAGAUUCAGCGAAGCAUCACGACAAGGAAUGGUUGAUAGCGGAGAAGGAAAAGUUCGACAAUGAGCACGACAAGGACAAAGAUGGUGUUCUCAAUGGGAACGAAAUCCUUUCCUGGGUCGUCCCGAGUAAUGAGGAUGUUGCAGCCGAUGAAGUUGAUCAUUUAUUUGCUUCCUCGGAUGACGAUCACGAUGAUCGUUUGUCCCAUGAUGAAAUCAUUGACAACUAUGAUACUUUUGUGGGCAGCGAAGCCACAGACUAUGGAGAUCAUUUGCAGAAUAUUCACCAUUUCAGCGAUGAACUGUAAGCUUCUUCAGACUUUAAGUUGGUUUUCGACCUACUGAGCCAUUUAUUUGCCAAAAUCCAAUAUUUAUUUAGGAAUUAUACCCAUUUUAUUUAUUCAAAGUUUCUUUAAUUCUUAAACACCUUGAGUAUUUUCCAUGACAAAUAUUUUAAUCUCUAUUUACUACUAUUUACCUAGUGAUUUCAAUUAUUUUGUUUCUAACUUCUCCCCUCUUUUAUCUUAUAUUUCUGUCGUACAAAUUAAAAUACAAUUGAAAGUGAUAAA